CUGGCCAAGAAGCAACUGGUGCCACUAAUUUCGGGAAUAUAUUAUUGUAUCUUGCGGAAGUGUUGCCACAAACUGGGACAGCGAAGAGGAGCCAGUGCCAGUGCCACCGAAUCCAUCAUGAAACUCCAACUAAUCGCGCUUGUGUGCAGCGCACUCGCUUUAGCAGAGGCCCAGAACUACCCACAGCGCCUAACCAUCCCCGGAGCGGUACAAUCACCUGGCCAACUGCCCCAUCGCCAGCCAGUGCUGAGGGUUCGUCGCCCAGGACCGUCGCUGCGCCAACAGAACGCCAUCCUUCCAGCGGUUACGCAACGCAUAGCUAUUGAGGAGCGCCCUGUUACUGAGGCUGCGGAGGAUGAGCAACCGGAGCCGUAUCUGCCGAAUCUGCUAAGGGAACAGCAGCUGGCCCAGGCCCAGCAAUCGCAGUUCCAGCAGGCAGCCGCCGCUUUCCUUGCCGGACAGCAACCCGUCGAGCAGCCGUCACCGGUGCAACAGUUCCUCCAGAACGAGGACUCUCAGCCUGCGGCCAUUUUACCCGCUCCUCCUCGCUUCCCCGCUGAACGCCCCUCCAUUCCAACGCCUUUGAACAGACCUGUCGCCUUCAAUGACUUCGGCAUCGGACGGUUCGAGAACUCCCAGAGAUUUGGUCUGGAGCGACCCACGCCCACAGCAGCUGCUCCUCCACCACCUCCGCCGCCGCCUCAGCCCCAGAGGGUAGCUGUGAUCCGGACGAGACCAGCGGCACCUGCCGCCUUCCGUCCUGAGCCACCAGCACCUCAGCCAGUGGCUAGACCUCGUCCGAAGCCCGUCCAACCGCGUCCCAUCAUUGACCAGAAUCAACUGCAAGACGAGCGCGGCGAGCAGCAGCAGAGGCGACAGCGACCUGUGGCCCAGACCAUCCGGAAGUGGCGCGAAGAGAACGAGGAUGGAAGCAUCACUUGGGGCUACGAGAACGAUGAUGGAUCUUUCAAAGAGGAGUUAAUCGGAACCGACUGCAUCACCAAGGGCACCUAUGGCUACGUCGAUCCCGAUGGCAAUAAACGCGAAUAUCACUACGAGACGGGCAUCAAGUGCGAUCCUAAUGCCCGCGAGAACGAGGAGGAGCUGCAGGAGAAUGGCUUCAUUAACUACGAGGAAAACCGCGCCGUACUGCCCAACGGCCUGGAGAUAGAUAUGACGCAGCUGGGCAAGAAGAAGUCGAAGCGUCCAAACAGCAUCUACCGGAACUGAUAGCCACCAGCUCGCAGUAUAGUCCCUUAAGUCAAGCAGCUCGUAUACGUAGGUCGUCUUCUAAUUUGUAUUCCACUUAUAAUUAUGUCCAUACUUCAUUGUGUCAAGUGAAAGAAUAAAAAAGGAUUAUUAGUUUGUA